AAUCCAUUAAAUCUCAAUUUUCAAAUAUCAUCUUUCUAACAGAUUUUGGAUUCAAUGGAAGUUAGGUUUGAUUUGAUGAUCCGAUCGUGACAAAUGGAAGUUGAUCUCUAUUUUGAUCCCCUCGCCGUAAAAAUUGGCUUCUCCUUCUCGAUAUUUCCCUCUCUCUCUCUGCUCUAACAUUCCUCUUUCUCCUUCAAUUCAUGCAUUUCAUCCUUAAUUACUAGAGAUCUCAUUUCCUCCAAAUUUUCGUUUUCUUCUUCGUCCUCUUCCUUCUCUUGGCGCUGAUUCUCCUGAAAAUUUCAGGAUCGGCUUCAAUGACGAGUUGUACAAGAUGCUGAAUCAACGUUAUCCCGAGGUGUCCUGUUUGGAAACAAUCUUAAUUUUUCAGACAGAGAUUCGAUCUUGUAUUUUCAAUGGGAAACUGCUGGACUAAGCUUUUCAAUAGUGGACAAGAAGACUACGCUGAAGUCCAGAAUGUUGAUAGCAAAAACGUACAUCUCAUUACGUCGAUGGAGAAGUGGGAGGCGAAGCUUUUGGAAGCAACCGAAGAUGGCAAGAUUGUUAUUGCAAACUUCAGUGCACAUUGGUGUAGACCUUGUAAAUCCAUGACUCCAGCAUAUUGUGAGCUUGCUGAUAAGUAUACUUCCAUGGUAUUUUUAGCCAUUGACGUCGAUGAGCUAGCCGAACUGAGUACAUCGUGGGAUAUCAAAGCCACGCCAACGUUCGUGUUCUUUAAAGAUGGUCGCCAAGUAGAUAAAUUAGUAGGAGCUGACAAGUCAGAUCUGCAACAAAAGAUUGCUGCAAUGGACGAAUCGGGUGUGGCACAAAAAAAUUACAGCAGCUAAAGGAAGGUAUUUUCACCAAAGAGAGGGGGACACGUUCUUGGCUGCCGCUGUGGUUCCACCGUACCAAUCUACUUCGGGAUAAAAAUCGCAUUCAAGCGACCUCCACUUUUACAUUACAUUACCACAACUUAUCACUUAUAUGUACUUUCUCUUUUCCUUUAAACAUAAAUCUAACACAAUUUUGGUUAUUAGUCUUUUGAAUUAUGUUUAUGCCCAACUCAAAUUAUCUUUCUUUUUUAAA